AUGGAGAUGGAACCCACGGAGCCCACGGAGAAUGAGGAAUCCCACAAAGACUCCUGGCAGCCAGAGCCCAGGACAGAGCCCACCCACCCCUCCGUGCAGGAGAACGUCCAACCAGGCAUCAUGGAGAGCCCGGGGGCCGGCGACGUCCGCUCCGUCCAUGUUCAGACCUCCCAGCACCUCUUCUGGGCAGACAAGCUCGUCCAGGCCUCGGAGCACAGCCUGCAGCUGGCCGCACACUCACGGCUCCGCAGCGGCACUGCCAACCCUCCCACCAGUCCCCCAGGCCGGGUCUCCACCCGCAUCCUGUGCCCCAGCGGGCAGCCCCAGGCCCACCCAGCGCCCCCAGCCGCCAGCUCCCAGCUGCCACGGAGCCCCUGCCUGCCGUCCUCCGGCCUCCCGCUGGCUCUUGGCCUGGCAGAGGUCAUCAACUUUGCAUCCUCCCUGGCCAUGGCCUCCUCCAGGAAAAUGGACUUGCCCAGCCUGGAGUGCAUGACCAAAGCUCCUGCUCUGAAGGCCACGGUGCCUUCCACAGGGCCCGUCCGGCCCACUGCAGGCCAGCAGGAGCCAGAAAAGUCCACAGAGGUGCUGUCAGCAAGAUGGCUGGAAGUCAGGGACCUGCAGAAGGCCUGGGGUCCGGAAGGCAGGGACUUACCUUGCCUUUGCCCUGACUUCAGCAAGCCAGGCAUCAAGAGAGCCACCAUCAAGGGGGAGGUGCAGCUUCUCCAGCCCCCUGUCUUGUCCCCCCAGCCGCAGGGAGCCGAGAAGGACUCGGUCCUGGGAACCAAGAAAGGAAAUCCAUUGUUGCUGAAAAUCCAUUUUAAGCUGUCAACUCCCACCACCCCAGAGAAAUGA